CAAAUAACAAAUAGAUAAACUCUGAUGCACCAACAUAUGUUCUUAAUUUUGUCUGAACUGCCAUUAACUGACCCACUAGUGACUCCCUACCAGUCCCAGAACCAAAGAGAAGUCCAGCUGCUUUUGACUCUACUCAGACAUAAUGACCUUAACUUCCUGGUUUGGUGCUGAGCUGGUGGUCCUCAGACCCCACUGGAUGCUCAGUGAACAUCAGCAGAUGCAGGCGGAGUUAUCCUGCAGUGUGAGCCUCACCGUGGAGCUCCAACAAACCACAGGAGUCCAGAGAAGCGCUGCAGAAGCUGUUUUCUCCGAACCACCGCGCCGAGGGUUCUGGUUCCUCUCUGGUUCUUCACUUCUUCUUCUGACAGCCUCCAGAGAUACUUUUCCUGCAUCUCUUUCACGUGGAAACAUCUAAACUUUUUUUGCCAAACAAGUUCAGGAGGAUGUGUCCCGUCCAGAAAGCUGCAUGAGUUUUACUGCAGAAGAUGCGUUCAGAGUCUGGAUCCGCACCGAGAUGAAGCUCCGAGUCUGUAGCCGCCUCUGAAGCCGACAUGAGGCUGUGUAACCGGGGCGUGAUGAUGCUGCUGACCACGGCGGGGGCUUUCUGCGCCUUCAGCCUCAUGACCAUCGCCGUGGGCACCGACUACUGGCUGUACUCCCGCGGGAUGUGCCGCUCCAAGAGCCAGAACGACAACGAGACCGUCCGCAAGAACGAGGAGGUUCUGACCCACUCGGGUCUGUGGAGGACCUGCUGCACGGAGGGAACUUUUCGGGGGGUUUGCAAAGACAUCGAUCACUUUCCUGACGAUGCAGACUACGAGCAGGAUGCUGCAGAGUAUUUACUACGAGCAGUACGAGCCUCCAGCCUCUUCCCCAUCCUCAGCGUGGGAUUGUUGUUCCUUGGGGGAGUCUGUGUAGCUGCCAGUGAGUUCUACAAGUCACGCUACAACGUCAUUCUCAGCGCGGGAAUUCUGUUUGUUUCUGCAGGUCUCAGCAACAUCAUUGGCAUCAUCGUGUACAUAUCAGCCAACUCCGGUGACCCGAGCCAGAGCGACAACAAGAAGAGCUACUCCUACGGAUGGUCCUUCUACUUCGGAGCUCUGUCCUUCGUGCUGGCUGAGAUGGUGGGCGUCCUGGCCGUACACGUGUUCAUAGAAAAACACAGACAGCUGCGCACCAAAGGCCGGCCGUCGCUCAUGAAGCCGCCCAGUUCCCGCGGCUCAUCGUAUUACCGCAACCGCUACUACCACAACCGCAGCCGGCGGUCCAGUUACAGGAGCAACCACAGCGCCGGGGACUCGGCCUCCUUCCGGGCGUCUUUGGUGCGAGACCGAGAACCAUCCAUCUCAGCCGAGUCUAAAGUCUCAGCCAUGGCAGGUUUGCCGACACCUGUGGCAGUGGGCUCAGAGUUCAUGCUCUACACCUUGACCUCGCCUCUCAAAGACGAUAAGAUUGAUGUGGCUGUGGACGGUUUAACAGCUGCUCACAACAACACAGAGAUGCUGCCUGGAAACUGUGCUUCUAGCAGAAGGACCACGCCUGUCUGAGAGCAACCGCAGGAAAAAACUUGAGAGUUAAAAUGAAGAAAUCCUCUCACGUUGUUGGUAUAGAAAGAGGAAAGACUUCGGAGAUCGGACUAGACCUGCAUCGAUCUGUCAAAUAUUUUUUUAAAUGACUCAUUCAGUCAACGAAAUGUCAAAAAAUAGUGAAAAAAAAUCCCAAAGCCUGACCAAGAGACCAAAGCAAAAUCAAUAAAGCAAAUGUUUAUCUGUCAUUUUUCACUUGGAAAAUGUCUAAAGAGUUGAGGCAGUUAUCAAAGUACUUAUAUUUCUGUCCAUCAACUAAUCGUUCCAGUUCAAUCAGUUGAUGUAGUGUUGUCAAGCUCUGAGGAAAUUAGAAGAAGAAAACAAGAACACAGUUUUGACGUCUACCCAGAGGAAAAUCUUACUGCUCUAAAUUUGCUCUUCUACAGCUCAAGAGAUGAUUCUUAUUUUAGCUUUGAUGUUGUCUGAUAUGUCUCUAAUAUUGUUCUCCUAAAAUUCACCAGAAGAUCUAUGUGAGAAAGGAGGAGAACAAUUGGCAACAGGAGUCAGACUUGAGAUUCAAAGGAGAUAAGUUAACUAAUGGCUCCAUUUUUUUCUCAGGUGAGCUACAUGUGAACUGAAUAUUAGCUUUAUUUUGUAUAAAUAUAAUACAACCACUGUACUGAGUUAUACUGAGAGGUCUUCUGAAUAUUUUGUCAUCUUUGUCAUCUUUUAUUUUUUAAUGUUUUCAAUGAAUGUGAAGAUUUUCCCUUCAAAAAGUUUGAAGGAAAUCAAAACAAUCCUUCCUGAAAAAAAAGCACACUUAAAAUGUCCUAAAAAGUGGAUUUUCCAGCUCAUUUUAGGAUUGAUGCAGCACCAAAUGACAUUUUGAUCUGACAAAACUAUUUUCAGGAAGAAGAGUUUCUACCCACAACUAAAAAUUUGGUUGGAACUGAGUGAAUAUUAUCCAUCACAAUGGAUGUGAAAUAAAACAAUCAAGAUGUAAAAAAGUUAAAAAAGGUGCAGGGCACAUCUAAAAUGUGUUGUAAUUCCUCCACCAUUCACCUGAAUUGGAUGUGAAAACCCUCAAAUUAAAGCUGAAAGUCUGCACUUAAAGCACAUCUUGAUUGUUUCAUUUCAAACCCAUUGUGGUGGUGGACAGAGCUCAAAUGUCCAAAUAUUUAUGGACCUGACUGUAUAGGUACAUAUUGAUAGAAAUGUACAUGUAUAUAUACAUAUGCAUCUAUAGCUCACAUUGAGAAAAAAUGUAUUUUGCAUUCGUCAAAUUAUCUCUUUUACAUCUCAAGUUUGACUCCUGCUGCUAUAUGUUCUCCUCCUUUCUCAUCUAUAUCUCCUUAUGAAAAGAGAAAAAUACGAAAAACAUAGCAGACAAAAUCGAAGCAAAAAUAAGAACCACAGUUUUGUCUCCUAAGCUGUAGAGAAGCAAACUUUGAGCAGUAAGAUUUUCCUCUGGGUGAUACCGUUGCUCUUUGUGUGUGGUUCUGCUUGGCUAUUACAGAAGCUUUUGUGCGAAUAAGUGUGUAUAGAAAUAGGAAUGUGUGGCAGAGAGAGACAGAGAGGAGCAUCUGUCUGUAAAAAUAAGAAACACAGAAAGACAAGACAACACAGAGGUACAGCUGAGAAUUACACAACCAACCAUGUCCAGUUCCUGUCCUCGUUUCUGUGGACCUCCGCUCCAAAUCGAAACCCCAUUAAAUGCAUUAGAACUCUCUCUCACGCUGAGUGUGUUUUUGCGUCACAGUGCGACCAUCCAUAAGUGUAACAAAAGAUUCUGCCCUUAUGCUUAUGUCACUGAGUCUGUUUACAUCGAAAUAAAGCUGAGACAUUAACAGAAUCUCACAAAAUGUGCUUUGGAGAGACGUGAGAGCGGUUCAAGGUGUCUUAUUGUUGCCUUUGUGAUCUUGCAGGGCGUGUCAGGUGUGUGAAGAGAGAGAGAAUAUUCAAAUAUCUGCCCUUGCAUAAGUGAGAACAUAAGCAAAUGUCCAAGUCGAGUACAAACAGAUCAACAAAAGGUACAAACAAAAUAAUUGCCCCCCUCCCUUCUCUGUACUGAAACAUUUGAAGGCUUGUGUGUGCAUGAAUAAACUGUGUUACAGAUGAAGACAAACAGUUUCAUCAGCAGAACAGCGGGCGAACUGAGAAACCUGAAUCGUUACCAUGGCAGCAGCAGCAGCAUUCAGACGAAUGCUCAAGGCAGUGGCAAUGAAAAUGUACGGACAAGAAAUUACCUCGCAAUGCCGUCACUUUUACUUUGGCUACCACCUCACAUCAAGCACAUUUAUCUCUUAUUCCAUAAUGUCUAUUGCCUACAAGAGAAGGCCGCACAAACUGAGCUGAGAGCAAAGUUAUUCAAGGCUCUUCUGCUGUUUCAGAGCUGUUCAUAAUAAAAUCCUGGCCCUAAAGCGCCUUGGACCGCUCGGCCACACUACCUCUGGAAGGUUGUGUUAGUCAAGUCAUUGUACAUUUAAGGACACUGAAGAAAAACGAAAUGAGUCUGGAAUAAAUUAUAUGCAACAUCA